CCCGAGGAGAAAAAAAAGUCAGGCACCGAAGAGGCUAGAGUCCAGAGCAGCUGGGUGAAGCGAGGGGACUUAGAUACGGAGAAAAUGCCUAGAGGUGCGCCUGGAGAGAACUCUGAGGAAUCUGCAGAGUAGGGGCCCUGAGGGCGCUCUGGCUUAAAGAGAUCGAAAGGGGACCCAGAGAUCUGGAGGAGAGGCUCGCUGGGAGCGGGGACGGGGAUCCAGCGCAGAGACAGCCCCGAGGGCAAUCACGGCGGGCGAGAACCCUGGUGUGGGAAGAGCAUCGAUCGAAGAGGUGGCCGGAUAGCUGAGCGGAGAUCUACCUAUCAGAGCCCAGCAAGCGGUGGAUCGCACUGGACAGACCCUUGAGGGCGAUUACUUGGAGCUAAGCCUGUGAGGCAGUGAGAACCCCAGACCCUGCUGCUGAGGCCUCCUAGGGACAUGGAGACUUCCAAUGGGACAGAGCCUUGGUACGUGAGCCUACAGGCAGUUCUGAGAGACCUGAAUGCCACACUACACAGGAGCCUUCCUUGUCAACCAGGACCACUGCUUCAUAACCAGACCCAGACCCAGCCUUCCCAGAAGACUACACCCGGCCGAGAUGACAAUUCCUACAUGUACAUCCUCUUUGUCAUGUUUCUUUUUGCCAUCACAGUGGGCAGCCUCAUCCUAGGCUAUACCCGCUCCCGCAAGGUGGACAAGCGCAGUGACCCCUACCAUGUCUACAUCAAGAAUCGAGUGUCAAUGAUCUAGUGCCGUGGGGAUGGCGAGGAGGUGGACCAGGGCACCCAGAGGCAGGCAGAUUCCUGACAGCCCAGCUGGGAAGUAGAAUGCCCAAGAGUUCAGCAUUUCAGAUCUCUGAUGUUGAAUCUGGCUAUGCUAAAGAUCCUCCCAGGAUUUAGAGCUAGGUCUACAUCGUGUCCAACCCUCUCACUUUAUAGAUUGUGAAAACUGAAAUCCAGAGAGUAAUUUGCUCUGUGACACACAGGUGACUCAGUCCCUCAGUGCACCCAUAUGUAAUUCAGUGCUGUGGGGGGUACACAGGAAAGAAUGACAGCCCUUAAACUCUGGUAGAGAAGACAUGUGUACAGAUAAUGAUAAUACAAAGUGGAAUAUGCUAAAGACCAUAAUGAAAGUACAAACACAGGGCUGGAUUGGGCAGAUCUGCUCAAAAGGAGAGAAUAUUUCUAGCUGGUGUGGGGUGAUCAAGAUUGGCCCCUGGGUGGAAGUGGAGUGAGGUGGGAGACCAAGGAAGAUUUCCUGGAAGAGGAGGCAGCAGAGGCAGCAUUUGAAUUGUGUGUGUGUGUGUGUGUGUGUGUGUGUGUGUGUGUGUGUGUGCCAAAGCAAUCUUAGAAAGUAAGCUCUGGGCCACAGGAAGUAGGCAUGCCAUGAUAUUGCAGCAUAGGGUACACAAGAAAGCCAGUUGAAAGAUCUGAUAGCAAUCUCCCCUGGGAGUCAGCUGCUGCCACCAAACAUUUUCCUAGCAGCAAUGGGCAAAAAGAAGUCAAUGAGGUGGUGCAGUGGAUAAAGCACCGGCCCUGGAUUCAGGAGUUCCUGAGUUCAAAUCCGGCCUCAGAUACUUGACACUUACUAGCUGUGUGACCCUGGGCAAGUCACUUAACCCCCAUUGCCCCGCAAAAAAAAAAAGUCAAUGAAACACAGUGACCUUGAGAACAGCCAAAUAUGCCCUGGGAGGCCCAGAGCCACAGCACAACAUGAUUGAGGUGCAUUGUGGACAUAGCAGAUGGAAGCAAGAUUGAGGAAUCUGGGGGUCUCCCCCAGCUGCACCUGUCUUGGGCUCUGGAGUCAACACUUCCUCACUUCGAGUUAACAUUAACUUCCUGGGGUUUCCUUCCAUGAGUUUUACAAGUCAGGGUUUGUAUACCAUCUGGGUGUUCCAGGAGAAUGGGGGUCCCUGCUAGUGACUAUUUGUCUGUCUGUAUUUGGGUAGCAGGAGUGAGCCAGGGGCAUGGGGCAUGCUUCUGCUGACUUAGCUGAUCCCAAGAAGGUCAGCCUGAAACUCUCCCUCUACUUCAUGAUUAAGGACGAAUUUAAAGAAAGAGCCUGACGUUUGUAGAGGAUUUCAAGAGAGAAAUAUUGAGAGAAGUGAAGGAAUUCCAGGUAAAGGGAAUAGUUGGUGAAUAGGGCACAGAAAUGGGAAAGGAUGAAAUUGUGGGUCUCCCAAUCUGGCUAAGGCAUAAAGUACCUGAUGGGGAGCAGUACAAGAAAGCACUGAUAAGAGAGGGCAGAUUCAAGGCCUGGAAUGCCAUAUCGUGGAGUCUGACCUUUGCUCUUUUGGCUAUUUGGAGCCACAGGGGAGAGAUGGGUUCUUAAAAGUUGUGCUUUGAGAAGAUGACCAUCAGGGUGUGAAAGAGGGGAAGAAGGACAAUAGCCAAUCAUAUACCUCACUCCAGAGUUUUAGAGAUCCCAGCAUGGGCCUUAAGAGCUAGUAGCGGAAAGAACUGUUGGGCACACUGAGCCAAAUACCACCUCUACUAUUCCAUCCUUUGGAAUGAAAAGAGCCAUGUUCCUACCCACCAGGCUUCCAGAUGUCACCUUCGACCAUCCAGAAAGAAAUUGGUUGGCACAGAGGACUGAUGCCCAGUGGAGAUUGAGUCAGUAAUGGAAAAAAGAAGAUCGGAGACACAGGGGGAGGCAGAGAGGAGAGAGUGGGCUGGGCUAC